AUGACUUCCACUGUUAACAAAGUUAUCAAAGUUAUUGAUAAUAUUAUAAAUUAUAUUACUUAUGCUUAUAAUUAUUUAUUGAGUUUAAUAAUUUUUUAUCUUCUUAAACAAAAACCUUAUCAUGUUCAUUUACCUUCUCCAACCAAUGGUUAUCACCCUGCUAUUUUAAUAACCGGAACCUCUAGUGGAAUUGGUCUUGAUACCACAUUAACUUUAGUUAAACAAGGAUAUAAGGUUUUUGCGGCAGUUCGUAAAGAAGAAGAUGCCAAAAAACUUUGCGCCAUAUUUAAAGAAUUAAUUAAUCCCAAACAAGGAGAUCUUAAACCAAUUGUUAUGGAUGUAACAAAUAAACAAGAAAUUCAAAGUGCUUGUACAUUUAUUCGUAAUGAUCUUAGACGUGAAACACCAUUAAUUGGAUUGAUUAAUAAUGCAGCAUUAUCCAUAAAUUUACCUCUUGAAGUAGCUUCGGAAGAUGCAUUUAUAGAUAGUUUUAAUACCAAUUACUUUGGUCUUAUUAAUGUUACCAAAAAAUUCUUACCACUUUUAAGAGAAGGUCACGGAAGAGUAAUUAAUAUUGGUAGCAUUGAUUCUUGGAAUGCUCCUCCUAUGAUGGGAAUUAAUUCAUCGACCAAGGCAGCAAUUAGAAUAAUGACUAAAAUUUGGAGAAUGGAGACAAGAACGAUGGCAAUAAAUGACUUUCGUAAUUUCAAAUCUUUUUCAUCAACAUCCCCUUAUUAUUAUGAUGAAGAUAAUGAUAAUAAUAUCUCACCUAAUGCUUUGUUUAAUUAUUCAAAUUUAUAUAAAUCUGUAGGAGAGAAUUUUGGAAAAUGUGUAAUUAGUAUGCCCACAGAAAUUGUUACUAAUGCUAUAGUUCAUGCUUUAACUUCUCCUUAUCCAAUGGAUACUUAUUAUGUAGGAUUGGAUUCUAAAGUGAUCGCAGCUUUAAGUUGGGUUUUAGGCGAUAGAUUAAUUGAAGCUAUAGAAUCAAAAAUAUUUUGUAAUGUUUAA